UCAUAAGGAGGAGAAUAUACAACCAGGGCACCACCUAAAACUGAGACAUUACAAUUCUCAUAGUAAUGGCGGAGAUUGUGAUUCUUCUAGCCAUUAGGAAGAUUGGAAUUGCCUUGGCAAAGGCAGCGGCAGACCAGGCCAGCGUACAGUUGGGAAAGUAUGGCACACAACUACUAGAACUACAGGGCAGUAUGGGCCGUGUUGGUAGGGAGCUUCGUAUAAUGCAUGAUGUUCUAUGUCAGAUGGACAUUCGUAGUCGCAACAAUCAAGUAUAUGAGGGCUGGUUGGAGGAGGUACAGAAAGUAGCAUAUGUGAUGGAGGACAUGGUGGAUGAGUACUUGUAUCUUGUUGGUCGGGAACAAGAUAUUGGUUUGUUUUUUUUUCUGAAGAAGGGUUUCAAGAAGCCAAGAUCUCUGCUUUCUUUGAACAAGGUAGCUUCCAAGGUGAAGGAAAUAGAGAAAGAUCUUUCACACCUCUCGGAUACAAAAAACCGUUGGGUUCCCACAAUAAAUAACAGGGAUGCAAGCAACUCAAAUUACAUUGUUAAGAGAUCCCAAGAUCUAGCAAACAUUUCACGCUCCCUUGAUGAAGAAGAUCUAGUGGGGGUGGAUAAAAACAGAGAAAAACUCGAGGAGUGGUUGGAAGGUGAUGAUCUGGACUACUCUGUGAUAGCUCUGCUCGGAAUGGGAGGUCUUGGUAAAACUGCUUUAGCUGCAAAUGUCUACAAGAAGGAGAGGGAGAAAUUCCAGUGUCACGCUUGGGUCUCCAUCUCUCAAACUUAUUCUAGAGAAGAUGUCAUGAGAAAUAUAAUCAAAGAACUUUUUAAAGAUAAUGUCAGUGUUCUAUCUAGCACUCUGUCUAUGGACAUCAUGAGCCUUGAAGAGACAGUAAAGAAAUAUCUGGAGCAAAGGAAGUACUUGAUCAUAUUGGAUGAUGUUUGGACUUAUGAAGCAUUUUAUGAUUUGUCAAGGAUGUUUGUUCACAAUGAUAAGGGCAGUAGAGUGAUGCUCACAACAAGGGAUGCCCAUGUUGCCGCACUUGCUUCUGGAGGGCGUAUCUUAACACUGGAAGCUUUACCAGAAGACAAGGCUUGGGAUCUCUUUUGUAAGAAAGCCUUUCCAAGCGAUACAAAUCAUCAAUGUCCUACAGAAAUGAAGCCAUCGUCCAUGGAAAUAGUUAGCAAGUGCAAAGGCUUGCCUCUUGCUAUUGUGUCAGUUGGUAGCAUGUUGCGUGUGCGUGAGAAAACCGUGGAAGAAUGGAGAAGAAUAAAUGACCAACUGGGCUGGGAGAUUAUUAACAAUUCAAGGCUGGACCACAUAAGGAAUGUUUUGCAUCUGAGCUUCAUCUACCUCCCAACAUACUUGAAAAGUUGUUUCCUGUACUGCAGCUUAUUUCCAGAAGACUAUCAUUUUAAAAGGAAACAACUUGUCCGGUUAUGGACAGCAGAGGGGUUCAUCGAGGAGAGGGGUGAAAGCACACUAGAAGAAGUGGCAGAAUGCUAUCUAAAAGAGUUGGUUGAUAGAAACAUGUUGCAACUUGUUGAGAGGAACUCAUUUGAUAGGAUGAAGAAAUUCAGAAUGCACGAUCUCGUACGUGAACUGGCAAUUGAUUUGUGCAAGAAGAACUGUUUUGGUGUUAGUUAUGAGGAUCAGUGUGGGGGGUCUCUUGAGAUGGAUGGACGUCGGUUGGUACUUCACAAACUAAAGAAGGAUAUUCAGCAGCCAUUUUCCAAUAUGCACCAGCUCCGGACUGUCAUUACACUGGGUGAUAGCAAGUCAUCAUUCACUCUACUACCUCUGUUGUGUAAUGAGUCAAGAUACCUGACAGUGCUAGAAUUAAGUGGUCUACCCAUCAAGAAGAUUCCAGAUGCCAUUGGAGAUCUUUUUAAUCUCCGCUAUUUGGGUUUGCGUGAUUCAAAAGUGAAGAAGCUCCCGAAAUCUGUUGAGAAGCUUUAAAAUUUGCUGACGUUGGACCUUUUUGAAUCUGACAUACAUGAGUUGCCUAGUGGGAUUGUAAAACUAAAGAAGCUCAGGCACUUAUUUGCUGAGAGAGUAUUUGAUCGAACAGGGAGGGAUUUUAAAUGUCUGAGUGGUGUGCAUAUCCCCAAUGGUCUUGGAAAUCUAACUAAUCUGCAGACAUUGCAAUCAUUGGCAGCACAAGAUGAGUCUCUUAGGCAUUUAGGGGUGCUGAGGCAAAUGAGAAGCUUGAGGUUAUGGAAUGUGAAGGGAAGUUACUGUGGACUUAUCAGUGAAUCUCUAGUUCAUAUGCGGCAUUUGUCCUACCUAGAAGUGAAUGCAAGCGAUGAGAACGAGGUUCUUUUGUUGAAUGUCUGCCUGCCAAGCCUGCAAAAUCUAGUUUUGAGAGGACGACUAGCUGAAGGGGCAUUGGACGAGUCUCCUCUCUUCCAAGCUGUUGGGGGACAAAACUUGUAUGCAUUGUCUCUAUUAUGGUCACAGCUGAGAGAAGAACCCCUGCCAUCCCUUUCUCGGUUGUCAAACUUGACACGUCUAGAGUUCAGCAAAGCAUACAACGGAGAGCAGCUGACGUUUCUCGCGGGGUGGUUUCCCAUGCUAAAGAUUCUCUUUCUAAGAGACCUGCCUAAUGUGAGUCGGCUAGAGAUAGCAGAAGGUGCCAUGGCAAGCCUGGAGAAACUAUUCUUAGUCAACCUCAGCAGCAUGACGGAGGUCCCACCCGGCAUUGAGUUCCUCCUGCCCCUCCAGUAUCUAACCUUCCGCGAAAUCACCAAUGACUUGUUCACAUCCCUGUGCCAGUGCUCUGCAAUUCAAGGGAAGUGGCGGUAUACUCUCCGAGAUUGAACUGCU